UUCCCACUCAACUCAGAAUCUGAGUGAUAAACAAUAAGAUUAGAAAGUUCAGCAUGUCUAAACAAGCCACUUUCUUCACUUUGCUUCUUCUCCUAAGCUUCAACCUCAUCCAUGCCUCACGUCCACACCCUUCACUCAACACUUUCUCUUCUUUGCAUGAGGCAGAGGUAGACGGAGAGUUUUGCGAAGAAGAAACCGAGGAAUGUUUGAUGAGAAGAACACUAGCUGCCCAUGUCGAUUAUAUCUACACUCAGAAGAAUAAACCCAAACCUUGAUGGCAUCACACCACCCUCAGGAUCAAAUAUACCAAUACAAAAAAAUAAUAUACAAUUAAUAAUACCUAUACAUGUGUGUACUUAUUUCAUAAAUAAACAUAUGUGUUGGAUUCGAGCU